AUGAAGGAGAAAGAGGAAGCUGCAAAAUGUGAUGUAAUCCCAUUUACACAGAGUUUGUUCCAGGUUAGUUAUUACUUGGACACUCUGAUAGUUGAGUUGAUUGGGAGGAAUUGCACAUGUAGAAAGUGGGAUAUGACUGGCCUCCCCUGCUGCGAUGCUAUUGCAACAAUCUUCUUCAUUCACAAAAAUGUUGAAGAUUAUGUUCAUCCAUCUUACGACAAAGAGGCUUACAUCAAAGCUUAUGUAGGCUUUAUCCCACCAAUAGAGGGUGAAAGGCACUGGCCUAGAAUUGAAUUUGAUGUUGACCCACCACCAAUAAAAGUGGGGCCAGAAAGACCAAGGAAAACAGGAGGAAAGACCCUUUUCAAGAUCUCAAAAGACCAAUGA